GAAACCGGCGUUAUAUAAUGUGAUAUUCAGAAAAAUUCGCUUUACAGCGCCUUAAUUGUUACAAAUAUUUUUGACCGUUCUAGACUUUUAAUGUGAAAAACGCUCCUCGUGUGAUUUUGACAGUGUCACAUGGUGUCCGUGUUCACGUGUCUGCUGCUGUCGGGACCGGGCGCUGGUCUCUCAUGUGCUCGUCAUGGACUGCACUGACUUUGCGAUGUAGCGAAUAAUUCCUCGUUUAAUGGUUCAUUUAUCCUUAUGUUUGCGUGAACAUAGCUGUGAAACUACAGAAAGGGAAAACCCCAACAGACGAGCAGCAUGAAUGAGCCCGAGGGACUGCGGUUCAGGAGGCUCAACAGACCUCAGGUCAUCACAGACGAAACCCAUGAACCCCAGCACAAAAGCACAAGCACUUACAGUGGGAAGGUGUUUCGUGUGACAUUACUCACAUUGGUGGCAUUCCUGCUCUUCCCACUGCUGGUGGUCAUUUUCCUCUUCGAGUCUCCUAUUCAACCAGACGCGUUCAGUCUCAAUGAACCACCUCUUAUGACCGGCUGUUAUGAGCCCAACUUAAAACUGAGACAGGCAGAGCGACUGUUUGAGGAGCAGCUUUUCGGCCCAGAAUCCAUCGCUAACAUUGGAGAUGUUUUGUACACUGGGACUGCUGAUGGAAAGAUUGUGAAAAUCGAGGGAAGGAACAUUCAUGUGCUAACAACACUUGGCAAGCCACCAUGUGGUUCUCGUGAACAGGAACACAUCUGUGGACGUCCGCUGGGAAUUCGUGUGGGACCCAAUGGAACCUUGUUUGUGGCUGAUGCCUAUUUGGGUCUGUUUGAGGUCAAUCCUGUCACAGGUGAUGCAAAAUCUCUGGUGAGCACGGGGAAGAUGAUCGGAGGUCGACGUCUGGCCUUUGUGAAUGAUCUGGAUGUAACUCAGGAUGGAAAGAAGGUGUACUUCACUGAUUCAAGCAGCAGGUGGCAGCGCAGAGACUUCAUGCACCUGAUCAUGGAAGCCACCGCAGAUGGACGUGUGCUCGAGUAUGAUACAGAGACCAAGGAAGUUACUGUGAUGAUGGAGAACUUGCGGUUCCCUAAUGGCAUACAACUCUUCCCUGAUGAGGAGUCCGUUCUAGUGGCUGAAACGACUAUGGCAAGAAUAAGGAGAGUCCAUGUGUCUGGUCUCAAUAAAGGAGGCAUGGAUACAUUCAUAGACAACCUCCCAGGAUUUCCUGAUAACAUCCGACGCAGUUCUUCAGGCGGCUACUGGGUGGUCAUGUCUGCUGUGCGACCCAACCCUGGUUUCUCAAUGCUGGACUUUCUGUCUCAAAGACCAUGGAUUAAGAAGCUCAUAUUUAAGCUCUUCAGUCAAGAUACUCUACUGAAAUUUGUGCCACGCUACAGUCUGGUGGUGGAGCUGCAGGAUGGCGGAACAUGCUUGCGUAGCUUCCACGACCCACAUGGCAUGGUGGCCGCCUACAUCAGUGAGGCACAUGAGUACGACGGCUACCUGUAUUUAGGCUCCUUCCGCUCCCCUUAUUUGUGCAAGCUGGAUCUGAGCAAAGUGUGAAACAUGCCUACUGCUCCGGCAAAACCAUCAAAAGCCAAACAGAUUGCUCUACUUGAGUCAUUUCACCCUGGCUUCCAAACAAA